CCCGUGCGAGAGAAACAACGCAAGUGACGAUGUAUUGACACUCUUGGUCUUACUGGGGUUUCCAUCUGGAUUUGUAUUAUGGAAGAAAUUACAGCCCGACCAGGAAAAUAAUAGCAAUUCAACAGUAACUAAGAUAGUCACAAAAGGAAAUAAUGAUCUUCUACGUAAAAGAAAGGUACGUCCUGAGGCACCAUCUCUGAACAACUUUGAGUUUUAUCAAUACGAUGGCGAUAUUUUGAUUGCUUUAAUAAAUGAAUCCCAUCUAGACCCAGAUGAAAUGUAUCCUGUUCACCUUAUAAAAACCGAUAGUAAUAUAAACAUAAUUAUUAAUAAUAUGACACAAUCCAACAGAAGAACUGAUUAUUAUAUUAAUGACACGGUUGGAAGUAAAUACUAUAUCGAAAUUAAGGCUUGUAACGAAGCAGGAUGUUCUGAUCCUUUAAAAAUCGCAGAAUUUGUUAUUAAUUAUGAAAAAGAAACGCCCAAAUCACUACAGGGUAGGAUUAGACAGAAAACUGCUACGAAUCAUACAUGCAUUUUAUUAUGGGAUUUACCAAAAACUACUGCAAGUCUCAUUAAAUAUUAUAUGAUGGUGUAUGAUGGAAAAAACUUUCUAAAGAAUGAAUCACUUAUUGUUCCACGCGAUAUUCAAAGUGGUCAUGAUUUUACGGGACUCCAACCUCGGACCACAUAUCAUAUUCAAGUUUAUCGACAAAAUAGCCAAGGUUUAUCUGAACAUCCAAUCAUAGGAACAUGCACGACAACAUCAUAGGUUCAUAAACCAAAAAUAAAGUGAGCAAGAAAAUAGCAAAAAAGAAAUACGUAUCACGUAAUUUUUAUAUAAAAGUUUUCAUAAAACAAGAUGUGUUUUAAAAUUCUGGGAAAACUUCUAACACCAGGCUGCCUCUAAAGGCAGAUGGUUCUACUUUAUAAAAUAAUUUUGUUAAAACAUGUAACGUUGAUUUUUAAAUAAUCACGUUAUAAAGACCAAAUUAAAACCACAUUAAAGUUGAAUUCAAUAAAAGUAAUAUAAACAAUA